AAGAAGAAGAAGAAGAAGAAGAAGUAGCUGUAACAUCGAAACAAUUACAUAUUACGUCAGACAUCUUCAUGACACAGAGCUACAACCGAGAAAAAUAACAAAAUCAUCGUAUUCAAGAUCUGAGAAAGCCGACCCACUCCCGCAGGUGACCGACGAUGGCUGUGAACGUGUACUCGACAUCAGUGACCAGUGACAACUUAAGUCGUCAUGACAUGUUGGUCUGGAUCAAUGAAUCUCUACAGAUGAACCUCACCAAGAUAGAAAUGUUGUGUUCAGGUUCUGCGUAUUGCCAGUUCAUGGACAUGCUGUUUCCCAACUCUUUACCUCUGAAGAAAGUCAAAUUUGCUGCCAAGCUGGAGCAUGAAUACAUCCACAACUAUAAGCUUCUUCAGGUUUCCUUCAAAAAGAUGGGAGUCGACAAAAUCAUUCCAGUAGACAAACUGGUGAAGGGGAAGUUCCAGGACAACUUUGAGUUUGUCCAGUGGUUUAAGAAGUUCUUUGACGCAAACUACGACGGGAAAGACUACGACCCCGUUGAGGCGAGGCAGGGCCAGGGCCAGGGCCAGGGCCAGGGCCAGGGUCAGGGCCAGGAUGCCAUGCCCAUACCCAACACUGCCAUGUCGGCUCUCGCCAAAACCCCGAAAAAGUCCCUCAGUCAAAGUCAGUGCCCUGCUCCUCCGAGACCACCUGUUGCCAAGGUAGCGCCCAAGUUGGCUAAUGUCAGUGCAAGGAAGCUGGGGAUGGGAGGACGUGACGAGGAGAGGGCGGAGCUCAUGAAUGAGGUGGAAAUCCUGAAAACUACGAUUCAGGACAUAGAGAAGGAGAGAGACUUUUAUUUCGGUAAGCUGCGAAACAUUGAGCUGAUUUGCCAGGAGAAGGAAGGAGAGGGUGACCCCACGCUGCAGAAAAUCAUCGACAUCCUCUACGCCACAGACGAGGGUUUUGUGAUACCGGAUGCUGAAGAGCAGGAAGAGUUUUAAUCAAAACUACAAGCAACUUUUCACUUGGAUGGUCUGGUAUACAAACCCACCUUGAGAUCAUCUCCAAGACAGCCAGUUUGGUUUUAUAUCCGGUACCAAGCCUGAUCUCGACUUGUGCCCCCCCCCCCUAACAUCUCCUGAACCUGCCGGACUUCUUCUUCCAGCCUUCAGCUGCCGUACAUGUUGGCUCCGGAAACGUCCUUUACCAACAAAGCCUCGGUCCCGGCCUCUUCUUCCUCAAACAUGUCAGUCUGCGGGAGUGUCCAGGCUCCCACCCCUCACCUGUAAUCCCAUCCUUCCCAAAACCAGAUUGUGCACUACACAUCUGGUUUUUGUAAUGGACUUGAGUGUGAAAUUAUGUUCUGUGUGAGUGUGUAUAUGUGUGUGUGGUUGUAUGUGUUUAACAAUUUAUUUGAAAGAACCUCCUCUGAAGGACCCGGCUGUCAGAACACCAAUCACUUUGUCCCAAACUAAUCCAGAUUGUUUGAUUUUCGAUGGCACACAUUUGUGCCUCUGCUGUUGACACUGAAUUGUAUUCAUUUGGAGGAUGAUGCUUGCACAGAAGUGAGGAAAAUAUAAAAAGGAAUACACAGCCAUCUAAAACAAGUUUAGCAUAAUUCUGAAUCAAAACUGAGGAGUAUUUUGUAUUUUUGCUCGCUGGUUCCAAUUUUAGUCGUACUAACAGAGUUGUGGGUUUUAAAAUGGGGAAACAAAUUAAACUUCAUCGAGCCUGCAGGCCUUCAGAAAAGUGUAUUUGUCAGUUUGAUGGAGCCAAUACGGUACUCGGCUAAAUGAAAUGAGGAAAAAGAAACUUGGGCGCAGGGUUUAGUGUGGGACAAGGCAUCAGUCGGGUCUUCGCUUGGCCUUGUUUUUUUUUCACUAAGAAUGCAUCCUGAUAUUGUCUCGUUGGCCUUCAGAAGAGCUUUUGUAAGUGUUUGCUGCUGUUUUAUCAACGUUAUCUCCAUUUAAUUUUGUUCCCCUUAUUUUUGGUCUUGUUUUCAAAUUAUUUUCGGCACCUGUCAGUCAUGAUCUCAGCUUUAGUAAUUUGUUUUCUAUUUAGCUUCCCCCCACUAAAGCUUCACUCUGUUGGACACAUUUGAUGAGCAGCGGGCAGAGGGAAGUGUUGCUGUCCUGUGGCAGAGCCACCUCCCUGCCUCCACUCGCUGUUCACGUUUCAGGCUUCUAAAAUGUGAGAUCCUGAACUCCAGGAACGUGUCUUUGUGUGGACCCAGGAUGGCAGUCUUAUGAUCAACAUUUAGUAAAAAGUACAACAAAGAUUAACAGCCAUUGUUUUGACUUUAAAAAAAAAUCUGUUUUGUAAGUCUGUGCACUAUUUUUUAUUUUAUAUGCCAGCGGUCCUUUCUCGAGCUCCAGCCAAUCGGAAUGAUUCCUGAUCUAGAGCAGCUACAUUACAAACUGUGUGUGUGUGUGUGUGUGCACGUGAGCACGUGAGAGAGAGAGUGUGAGAGAGAGCCGACCAUGGUCUCAUCGUCUGAUCUUGGCCCGACUGAGCUGUUGAAGUGGCUCAUUUGGUUCUUUCAGGCUCUGACCGGGCCGGUGAUAAAUCUUCUGCUCUUAUUACUAAUGUUGGAUUUCGUUUUUUCCAAAGCGGUUGAAGAAAAUGUGCGGUCAAUGAGUUGCCACAUUGAAAGUAUAUUACUUUCUGGGAAAGCAAGACAGGUGCCCAUUUCCCAUUUUCACUCUCCGAACGACCAAUUGUAGCACUAAUAUUGUGGAUCUGAUUUAGGUUUCCCCCACUGUAUAUUUGUACCUAACUUGAAACAACACAGUAAUGUUGAUUCCACACAAACUGUUGACAGCAAAGGUGUUAUUGGAACACCCGACUUUAUCAAUGGCCUUAUUCCCAGAAAUGUUUCUUUUCAUAACUUUUAUUAUUUUACAUUAAUGUAAGUCUGCUGUUUUUGGCAAAUGUUUGUAAUGUUAGUCAUAUUUUAUUGUGUUAUGAAAAAUAAACAACAUUGGAGGUAUUUUGGACCGCACCUGAGAUGUCAGGGUGCAGCAGAUUGCUCGUCUUCCAUCGAGUGCCCAUGACGCAAACAAAAAUAUAUAUUAUUAUUUGUAUUAUUCACAUUAGUUCAAUUUUAAAUCAACAAAUCUUAGAAUUAAAUUAAACUAAAGUUUUUUUGUUGUUGCUACAAGUUGGGUGAUAUAAAUGUUUCACAGCUGCAGACUUGCUAAAUAUAUUCUGCUGAAAGAAAUGAAAGAUCAAUCCGGAUGCGGCGUUGAGCGUUUUCCUCCAUCAGGGACUCCGACGUGCGGUUGUUAGUGUUUCAGUGGCAUGAUUAACAAGCGCUGCCGGGGGUGAAUGUUGCACACAGAGGGUGCCUGAAGUGUUUUGUGUUUUCUGGUAAUUGCCUUCAGUAAGAACACAUCUAAAAAAAUUAAGACGUUGACCGUUAGAAAUUAUUUUCAAAUGUAUGCUUGUUACUUGACGCACUGAAGAAUGAUCUGGUUGAGUCUUAAAUGAUGCUGAUGUGCAAGUGCAGUAACUUAUUGUGUUGUCUCUGCAUUGCAGCACAAAGGGUUCAAAGGUCUGUGAGAGUUCCAGCUUUGAUUUCAGAGGUUUUUCAUUGUUUUUGAGAACACUGUCGGACAACUGGCCUGUUUUACUCGCAGCUUAGAGAAUGAUCAGGUUUGGUCCUCACCUCAUCAGCCAUACGGUUCAAUUUCUAAAGUCAAACAGCCACUAAAUAAGCUGAAUCUGAAGUUGAGCGCUGAUGCACAUCACUGUGUCCGUUGGUUCCUGAGGGACGUCUGUCUAAGACUGAAUUUGUGCCAAUUUUAAAUGUGAUUGUAUGAACAUUUUAGUCACCUGAAACUGGGCUUCUGGGAGUUAACAAAAACUCCCAUUCCUCUCCUAUUCAUCUGAAGAUGGAAGUAACCUCAUAAUAAAUGUAAGCUGAAACAGAGUAAGUCUUUAAUUUAAUGUCAAAACUAAUGGAGUCCAGAGAGACGACCCAACACAAAUUGCUACUUCGGACGAUGUGCAGAGUUUCCCAAAAUGCUUCUUGCUGCCUGGAUCGUCUACCCUUAGAAAGCUUGUGAAAAGAAAAAGAACUAUCUUAAAAUAUAUAAUUUGGGUUAUUAGAUCUUUAAAUGACCUGCAACUAAUGAACAUUGUCAAUUAAUUUGCAGAUUUUUUCAAUGAAUUGAUUGUUUUAUCUAUUUUCAGUUGAAUAAAGUUUUAGGAAGUAGUGAAAAUAAUCCUUCCAAUUUAGAAACUCCGUAUAUGGUAUCCUGGUAGUAAAACCCCUUCAUGUUUGUUGGGUAAUUUAUUGCUAAGACAAAUCGUAGCCCACCGACGACAUUAACGUUCCCCUCUCUCCAGGGAACCUUUAACCCCUCGACAGAACAGCGGCGUUCUGUCGUUUCGAGCAGUUCUGACAAGUGUGUGGUCGAGCCUUAGAGAAGAAAUGCUUUUUGUUAUGCAAAGUCAAAAUGGGGGCAGAUGUCCUCCUUUACAUUGUGGCCUGAGUGCCCUCUCCCUUCUCCCACAGUCUGUGUUUAAUACAACUGUCAUCACUUCAGUCACCUGUCGGGAGGGAUGGGUAACGUCAUGAGGGCUUUUAUUAUGUCAGACGUUUUACGUCAAUUGUCUGGUUUUCCUGACGAGUCAUUGGAAGCAGUUGUGUGUUGAGUGGUUUGGUUUAGUCAUGGGAGUAAAAGGUGUUAUUUUGAAUCAGUUGGUUUGACAUCAAACUUUGGUCGAAAAAGAUUACCUGGAUGUUUUCAGUCACACGUCCCAAAGAGUUCACGCUCCGCAGGUUUUGGGCGCUUUGGGGGAUCCAGAACCAAGAAAUCAUGGCUUGUUUAAAUCAAUAUGUUUCCUCUGCUGAUCCCCAGUUUGGCUGAAGUAAUAAAGCGUCAUAUGUGUUUUUGUUUUAUGAAGAAGGCUGAGCAAAGUGAAAUGAUGGCUUUCAAGGGGAAGGUGGUGCUUGUGUGACCUCUAACCUUUUCCCGAUCAACAAUUGGUGCCGAUAAGCGUGUAUACACUGUGAGUAUCUCGUCUCCUGUUUCUGCUGGACUUUAAUGUGUUUGUUAUACUCUAUUCUAUCAAGUGUGGUACAGACAAUAAAAACAGUAUUUCCACCUCAA